AUGGUUGCGAGAAUUGAUCGGACGGUGGAAGAUACGGCAAACUGUCUGAUGUUGUUAUCGAGAGUUGGAGAAAACGGUCGCGUUUUCAGAUGCAAGACUUGUAUGAAAGAGUUUACAUCGUUCCAGGCUUUAGGAGGCCACCGUGCAAGCCACAAGAAGUCUAUUAGUGGCGGCGACGAACACUCACUCGGAUCCGUCGCUAAGAAGGUCAAAACGACGACGUCGCAUCCAUGUCCGAUUUGUGGCGUGGAGUUUCCGAUGGGACAGGCUCUUGGUGGUCACAUGAGGAGGCAUAGGAACGAGAAAGAAAGUGGCGGCGGCGCGUUGGUUACACGCUCUUUUAUGCCGGAGGAGGCCACGACGAAGACUCUGAAGAAAUCGAGUAGUGGGAAGAGAGUGGUAUUUUUGGAUUUAGGGUUAGAUUCUAAGGAGAGUCUCAAUUUGAACUUGGAGCUCGGAGUAUCCAUUUACUGA